AUGGCCAACGCCGACUUUCUCUUUAAAAAGCCCCCGGCGCCGGCGCGGGGGCCGCCCGGGAGGGGCGCACUCACGCUGGCGAGCUGGGGACUGGGCAUUGAAGUCCGGCGGUGGCGGGAGCGAGGAGGCGCCUCUCUCCUCAGUCACCUCGGCGGCGGCGGCGGCGGCGGUAGCGGUGGCGGCGGCGGCGACGACUCCCCCCCAGCCUCGGCGCGCGACACCCGGCCCGGCCCGGCGGCGGCGGCGGCGGCGCGUCUCCACGAGUCCGUCUUGCUGCUGCUGCUGCGGCCGCCGCUGCGUCUCCUGCUGCCGCCGCUGCCUCCGCUGCCGCCGCUGCCCUGUGGCGUCGCCUCGCGCCGUGCCCCGCCGCCGCUGCCGCUCCAGCCGCUCCCGGACGGACGACGGUUACAGCCCGGCCGAUCGCGCCGCCGCCACCACCGCUGCGCGCGCAGCCGGAACCAGCUCCCGCCGCCGCCCCUCAGGGGGCGCUGCGGGGCGCGGCGCGCGGGGCCGCCGGCCCGCCCUCCGCGUUCGCUGACUGGCUGCCCGGCCGGCUCGCGGGCAGUUGGGCCCGCCCACCUGCCCCGCGGGGCGCUGACCCACUGCCCUGGGCGCCUCCCCCGCUCCUCCUCCUCGUGGUUCGUUCCGCUCCGCACUCCCGGCUACGGAAGGCGAGUCCAUGUGAUCGGGGAGGGAAGGCAGAACGUGGCCUGGGGAGUCGCUCGCCCACGCUGCGCCCCGCCCAUCCGCACCUGGGCUGGGUCGAGGGCCUGCAGCCUAGGUGUGACCCGCAAGGUCGAAGGGUUCUUUCUCGCUCCUAGGCCAUCAGGCCUGGGGUCAGAUCCUGAUGGGACGGGGUGGCCACCACGUCCUGUGCUUGGGGAUUUCCAACUCAGAAGUGGGAACCUGGGCAGCUCAGUUCUUGGCUGCCCUUCCUGAGGCCCCAAAUGAAUGGCGUGUGCAUCUUCGUCAAAGAUAUUAAUACGCCACGCCCAACUCUGCCCACAAGACACACACCCACCCUAAGAACUGUCCCUGACAAGCCAAAAUUCAGACUUUCAGGAUGUAGGAUCUUGGGAUAUAAACCUCUAAGAUCCAGCCAGGCUGAACUACAGAAAGCAGCACAAAAGCAGGAACCCUGUCUAUCCUGUUUACCGCUUACCCCACAUCCAGUACAAUGGCUGGCAUCUAUUCGGUAGAACUGACUUCUGGAUCACUUCAAAAGUUACACAAGCU